AUGGCUGACGAUGUUGCUCAGAGGAGUGAAGAUGUGCCUCAGAUGACCGUGGAUGUAGAUGCGACUGUUGCAGAGGACUUAGGUCGUGAUGGUGCUGAGGGGUCACAUGCUGAUGAGGGAUUCCCUGGUGGGCCCCGUGACCCAUCAGUUCUGACUUCAUUUGUGGAGCAUGAGUGUCCUGAGCUAAAGUUGGUGUCGCACAGGAGGAAGGUGGCGUUAAGUGGGAGGCCAGUGCCUGAGAUUGAAGGGCUGGUUGUCGCCACAGGAUUAAGUCCAUUGAUCGAGUGUUCAGUUGUAAUCGAUGAUCCUGGACUUAUAUCCGCAUUUGUGGAGAGGUGGCACAGGGAGACCAACACCUUCCACCUUCCAGUAGGAGAGUUGACGAUCACACUAGAUGAUGUGUCGUCACUCCUCCAUCUCCCUAUCAGUGACGCCUUCCACAGCUUCGAGGCUUUUUCCAUGGACGAGGCGGUAUUUUUGUUGAUGGAGUUGCUCGAGGUGUCUAGUGAGGAGGCUAGAGCCGAGACAAGUGCAACAAAUGUUCAUGUGGUGCAUCUAGAGGCUUUUCGCGACCUGGGUCAGAGUCGGGGCUAUGCCUGGGGAGCUGCGGCUCUGGUUCAUAUGUAUGACCAGUUAGAUGAAGCUUCUAGGACCACGACACGACAGAUUGGGGGGUACCUUACUUUAUUACAGUGUGUCAUCAAUGAUGCGUAUGAGGAGAUGUCCCCUCGUGCCUCCCGGUGA